GUUCACUGUGUACAGUCUAUGCACAAGCAUCGUCUGCACACUGCAGCUUGACUGCUGAGGUUCCGGUGACCUUGGUUCAAGAGUACAGUCGCUGUAGGUGGAAGUUUCUGCUCCUGCAGGAAGUUUUUUGGAGGAUUUAGUAUGGCAACAGGAGGAGAGAUGAAUGGCUCAGGGAAUUUAAUGGACUUCCUGGAUGAAUCAAUCCCAGAGGUUGGAAUGUAUGAGGACUUCCAUACAAUUGAUUGGUUGAGAGAAAAGUCCCGUGACACCGACAGACACAGAAAGAUCACAAGCAGAAGUAAGGAGUCGAUCUGGGAAUGUAUCAAAGGCUUGUUGGAUGCGUGGUCAGGAUGGGUGGUGAUGUUGCUAAUUGGACUUCUGGCAGGGACGCUGGCUGGAGUGAUUGACCUGGCUGUCGACUGGAUGACAGACCUGAAGGAGGGGGUGUGCCUGGCUGGAUUUUGGUUCAGUCACGAGCAGUGCUGUUGGACUUCCAACGAGACGACCUUUGAGGACAGAGACAAAUGCCCUCAGUGGAAGACGUGGUCAGAGCUUUUGGCCAACCAAUCAGAAGGUGCCAGUGCAUACAUACUGAACUACCUCUUAUACAUUCUGUGGGCUUUGACCUUCGCUUUCCUGGGAGUCUCGCUGGUCAAGGUGUUUGCCCCCUAUGCUUGUGGCUCUGGAAUUCCUGAGAUUAAAACCAUCCUCAGUGGCUUCAUUAUCAGGGGCUAUCUGGGCAAGUGGACUCUACUGAUUAAAACAGUGACCCUAGUGUUGGCCGUAUCCUCUGGCCUCAGCCUAGGGAAGGAAGGACCUCUGGUGCACGUGGCCUGUUGCUGCGGCAACCUCUUCUGUUGCUUGUUUUCAAAGUACAGUAAGAAUGAAGGGAAGAGGAGAGAGGUGCUGUCAGCUGCUGCCGCCGCAGGAGUCUCCGUUGCCUUUGGUGCUCCCAUCGGUGGCGUGCUUUUCAGCUUGGAAGAGGUCAGUUACUACUUCCCACUGAAGACACUGUGGAGAUCGUUCUUCGCUGCGCUGGUGGCCGCGUUCACCCUCCGUUCAAUCAACCCGUUUGGGAACAGCCGGCUGGUGCUGUUCUACGUGGAGUACCACACGCCAUGGUAUAUGGCCGAGCUGGUGCCCUUCAUCCUCCUGGGUGUGUUCGGGGGGCUGUGGGGGACGCUCUUCAUCCGAGGGAACAUCGCCUGGUGCAGGAAGCGCAAGAACACGAACCUGGGCAGGUACCCAGUGUUGGAGGUGAUAGCCGUGACUGCCAUCACCGCCGUCUUUGCCUUUCCCAACCAGUACACGCGGCGAAGCACAAGCGAGCUCAUCUCCGAACUCUUCAACGACUGCGGGGCGCUCGAAUCUUCGCAGCUCUGCGACUACAUCAAUGACCCAAACAUGACACGGCCUGUGGACGAUAUACCCGACCGCCCGGCGGGCCCUGGUGUCUACGCGGCUAUAUGGCAGUUGGCUCUUGCCCUUGUUUUCAAAAUCAUCAUCACCAUAUUUACAUUUGGGAUGAAGAUGCCGUCAGGACUGUUUAUACCAAGUAUGGCUGUUGGGGCAAUAGCUGGUAGAAUGGUUGGCAUCGGUGUGGAGCAGAUGGCCUAUCAUCACCACGACUGGUUCAUCUUCAGGAGCUGGUGCAGGCCAGGAGCUGACUGUGUUACACCUGGGCUGUACGCCAUGGUUGGGGCCGCAGCAUGUCUGGGUGGAGUGACUCGGAUGACAGUGUCUCUGGUCGUGAUCAUGUUCGAGCUCACCGGGGGUUUGGAGUACAUUGUACCAUUGAUGGCUGCGGCAGUGACCAGCAAGUGGGUGGCAGAUGCCUUUGGGAAAGUGGGUAUCUACGAGGCACACAUACACCUGAAUGGCUACCCUUUCCUGGAUUCCAAGGACGAGUUCAGGCACAGGACACUGGCGACUGAUGUCAUGAGGCCGAGACGCACUGAGCCUCCGCUGUCAGUCCUGACGCAAGGCAGUAUGACGGUGGAGGAUGUGGAGACUCUCAUCAAGGACACAGACUACAAUGGGUUCCCAGUUGUCGUCAGUAAGGAAUCGGAGCGGCUCAUUGGCUUCGUCCAGCGGAGAGAUCUCAUUCUUGCAAUAAAAAAUGCAAGAAAAAUUCAAGAUGGUGUGGUCAGCAACUCCAUUGUGUAUUUCAUGGAAGAGCCUCCUUCGUUGCCAGGCAAUAGCCCCUGCCCCCUCAAGCUGCGGAGGAUCCUCAACCUCAGCCCGUUCACAGUAACGGACCACACACCCAUGGAGACAGUGGUGGACAUCUUCCGUAAGCUUGGUCUGCGACAGUGUCUGGUCACUCGCAGUGGACGUCUCCUGGGCAUCUUAACGAAAAAGGAUGUACUAAGGCAUAUGGCCCAAAUGGCAAAUCAGGACCCUGAGUCGAUAAUGUUCAAUUGACCCCAGCCCACCCCACCCUCCCCGUAAUUGUGCCAGCCUUGCGAAGUUCUGGUCUUAGAAGGGAAAGGACAAUAGGUGUGGCUGAAGUCUCAGGGCAUGGUGACCUUUAAGUGAAUUGAAUACUGAUUAUUGGGUCAAUAACAGCAGGCUUGCUCGUGAGAUGGACAACUGGCCGUGCACCGAGUCAGAGAAGGGGACUGGCCUACGGCGAGCACCAGCCCGGUAUUGCUUUCAGAAGAGGAGGAGAAGCUGAGAUCCCAGCUCUUGUGGAAAGCCUGGCAGGGUGUUAGAUGAUGCAUCUUAUAUUAACCUCUGAACUGGCCAGCUUUGCUUAAAAGGUUUGUUCAACUGGGGUAACGUAAUAGAGAUUCAUAAAUACAUUGCCUUUCAAUAUUGGUCACUGAUGUACCUCACUCGCUUAACUUCUCCAGUUUGAAUUCAUGGCAAAUAGCAAGAAUUCAGUGCUGAAGACUUCACAUUCAUUUCCUAACUCACCCAUUUUUCUCACAAGAAGUCUGGUGAAGUUAACUACAACACAGUUGACAGAAUUUACAGCAAGAUAACACACCAGCCUGUGAGCUUGCUUAAUCCUGCAUUAUCAAUAUAUCCUUCUGUUGCUUUUCCCUUAUGUUCAUACCUAGCUUCCUCUUAAUUGAAUCUAUCCAAUUCAUCUCAACCAGUUUGUGUGAACUAUUAAAUGUCUGGUCUAUGCAAUUACUGUUUAGCACUUUUAUCCCUGAUAUUAUCUUGGUGAAUCUCUAUUGCGCUCACUCCAAGGUUAAUCUCUCCUUCGUGAGGUGUAGUGCCUGAACUGAGGCAUCAACCCAAAUGGGCUCUAACCAGAAUCUAUAUGACUGAAGCAUCGUUUCCACCCUUUAGUAGUCCAGCUUCCUUGAGAUAAAGGCCAUCAUUUCAUUAACAUACUAAUUCCACCUGGAAGAUGCAUAAAUCAGGGAAAUUGCAAACUCUCUCACAUUUUCAGAAGGAGGCCGCCUUCAUGCUUGAUGUUUCCCUGCUAUUUUAUCUAGGUGGCCUACUCUGUCCCAACAGAGAUGCAGAAUUUAUUUGAGUGGGUCAGCAGAGUUCCUGCAACUGUCACCCUCCAGCCCUAUAACCCUUUAAGAUAUUAAUAGAUAUCAAUGUUCCUGCAGUACUAGCCUCUUGCACACCUGAUUUUAUCCCUCUCUUCCCCUUCCCCUCCCCCUCCUCUCAUGGUUAAAAAGACUUUUAGUUUUUGGUCAACUGCUCUAAUGUGGUUUUGUGCCCUAUGAUACUCCAUCUUACCAUAUUAAUGGGACUACAUAAAUGCAAACUGUUGUAGUUUUGGUUAUUGGGAUGGGUAAAUACUAAUGAAAAUGGAGCAUGUCAAUAUCAAACAUUAAUUUACUCAACCAAUAGUCAAAAGUUGAUCUUGUGUUUUACUUGAGUGAGUCAAAAAUUGUUCCUUGUGAAUAAGGAACUGGAUUACCCUGAGGUUUAUGUUGUGAUGCUGCAUGUUCUCCCAUUAGCCAGAAGAUUCUCAUCUUUUAUUACUGAAAGAACCUUGGACCUCAUCCGGUGGUGAAUGGUUUUCCAGAACAUAAUGAUUUUUAAAAAUCCAUUGGGCAUUGUAUCAAGUAGGCUAACAACUAAUAUUUGGACUUCCUAGUACGUUACUGGAAAAAUGAGUGGAAUUGCACAGGAGGGUGGUCUGUAAGCUUGUCUGGUGAAAUUUCUUCCAACAUUGACUUUACCAGAAAUGCAUUCCACUGUUAAGAUUAAUUAACCUGAAUUUACAUGUCUGAAUUAUGAACAACAUUGUGUUAAUUCUAGUAUGUGCACUUUAGACACGUCCUUUAUCUUGUUGUAAACCGUUUACUUUAACUCCUUAAUACUUCCGUUAAAGUGGUAAGGCAAGGAAUCUAAAGCAGACAUGCCCAUCACUAUUGUGUGUUGUACACUGACCAGUUCCAGCCCCCUAUUGUUAGGAAGGGUAUGUAUGUUAUGGUUCAAAAAAUUUGCUAAUUAAAUAUAUGAACUUAUUCAACCAGCUUCAAAUCUUAACUGAGAUGAAAUUAGGGUCUACGGCAUUCUGGUUUUGCACUUAAAAUGCCAAGAUCAAUAAACACUCAGGCUGUAGCGAAGACAUAAAAAGAACUGCAUAAAAGCCGCAAAUAUAGAACCAUAAAAAUUUCAAGACCCCCCCCCCUUGAGAUUAAAGCAAGACAAUAUCUCAGAUUAAACAGAUCAAAAUUGACAGAGAUCAGAUUUGGAUGAAAGAAGUUUGAAGGGCCAAUCUAGAAGAGAUUGUCAGCUGUGGCUCUCAGAGAGCUUUCUUGGCUUUGUAUCAGAAGGCUGUAGGUUCAAAUCUAGUUCCAGAGGCUUGAGUAUAAAGUGCUGGAUGAUUUUCAGGUGCUAUAAUAAUGGAGUGCUGCACUCCCUUUUAGAUGCGAUGCUCAACCAAGAUCUUAUCUGUUCUCUGAGCUGGGCCUAAAAUAUCCUAUACCGUUGCAUUGAAAAGACUAAUGCAAUGACCCCAAUAUCCUCAACCACAGUUCUCCUUCAAUCAACGCAACAGAACAAACAGAUUAUGUGCACAUAGAUCUCUGUGGGAGUUUGCUGUAUGAACGUGGGCUGUCACAUUUGCUGCAUUGCUGCAGUGACCACAAUUUGAAAGUGACAACUUUGCACCAAUCAAAGUGAAGAUGAUUGUAUAAAAUCCCUGUCAAUCAAGCUUGAUGACCACACCAGUGACUGAGUACUUUCAUGCACAUAAUUUAUCCGUACCUAUCAUCCUGCUUUUAUUGGGUGAAGUUGUUGCAGUUUCAUUUCUCCCACUCUUUAGACUGACUUGUUUUCUGAGUAAAUUGACUUUGUCUGCUGUCCAAUGGACUGUUUGCUAUGAGUCUUGCACUCAUCAGUUGCUGCAAUAUUGUCAAUAAUGCCCUGUUUAGAAGAAACCUCAUUAUCUGUAAUGUGAUUUGGGAUUUCCCAAGAUUGUGAAAGAUGCAUUAUAAAAUCGGAGAAAAGGAUCAAAACAAAAUUGCUGGAUGGAUCCAGGAAUAAAAGGGCUGAAUCUUUCACUGAGGCAUCAGUACUAAUGCUGGGACUUACCCAGGUAUUUCCAUGGUUAAACAUGGUGCAAGUACAGCAGUCCCCAUUCAUAUGGAUACUUAGGUAGAGAAGGUGGUGAAGAAGGCACACAGGAUACUUGACAUUAGCGAGGGAAUUGAAUAUAAUAGCAGGAAGAUUAUGGUAGAACUUUAUAAAACAUUAGUUAGGCCACAGCUGGAAAUAACCUGCACCAUUCUGACCACCACACUAUGGGAAGAAUGUGGUUACACUGGAGAGGAUGCAGAGGAGAUUCGACAGGAUGUUGCUUGGGAUGGAGUGUUCCAGUUAUGAGGAGAGACUAGAUGAGCUAGGUUUGUUUUCCUUGGAGCGGAGGAGGCUGAGGGGAGACCUGAUAGAGGUAUACAACAUUAUGAGAGGCAUAGAUAGGGUAGAAAGUAGGAAACUUUUCCCUAUAGCAGAGGUAUCUAAAAUCAGAAGGCAUAGGUUUGGGGUAAGGGGUAAGAGUUUUGGAGGGGAUCUGAGAACUUUUCCACACAGAGGGUUAUUGGAAUCUGUAACGCACUCCCUCAUUGGGUGGUGGUGGUAGGUACUCUCACAACCUUUAGGAAAUACCUAGAUGAGCACUGGAAUCACUAAUGCAUAGAAAGUUACAGACCAACUGCUGAUAAAUGAGAUUAGUAUUGAUGGGUACUUGAUGGUUGGCAUGGACAUAACAGGCUGAGAGGUCUGUUUUUGUACUGUAUGACUCCAGGAGAAAUUGGCUGCUGGGAGUAUCGUGUUAUUAUUUGACUUCACUUAAGAUGUUUUAAAUUGACUUUAAAUGUGUGACUGUUUUAUUUAACGUUUUAAACAGAAAAAUUAUUUUUAAUUUCUUUAACAUUUUAGUUUUUUUAUACGUCCCAAAUGUUCACGGACCUGAUCGUGCUGACAGCUGCUUUGGUCUAUGAGAUGUCUCUGCUCGAGGGAGCAGGGAUCCCAGUAGAAGACAGUGCGGGGUGAGCAGAGGUAGGCAGCCAGUGACCAGUGCCCCAGUGUGUCUGUGUAAAUAACUGUAUGGAACUUCUUUGUAUACAUGAGCACAUAGCCUACCCCUAAUCACCCUCGGGUGCCGGACCUGUCAUGGGUUUCAGUGGUCCUUCCAAUGACCUACCUGAGGCCACCACUUCACUCGCAUUGACUGAACCACAAAGGACUUGCACAUGAAUAGACCCAGCGAUGCUAGCUGUUGGUAUACUUUGGGCCAAAGAUAAAACUGCCUACAGGCUGGUUGGGAUCUUCAAUAUUUUGAUUCCAGGCACAAGACUGAAUCUUUUGAGUCCUUGACCAUUAGCAUUAGUUUUGAUACCACAAGUACAUUCCAGACUCCCAAUCUUCUAAUGUUCACUCAUACCAGACAUACAUUUGAUUUUUCCUAGGACUUGGAAGGUUUUAUUUUAUUAUUUAUUAAUUUUUCAGGACUUUGACAUCACUGUAAGCCAGGGUUGAUUGCCCGCCCCUACCUGCUCCUGAAAAGAUGGCGGUGAGCUGCCUUUCUGAACCACUGCAGUUUUUUUCUGGUGAAGGUAAUAAAUGCUGUUAGAGAGGGAGUUCCAGGAUUUAGAUCUAGAAAUAAGGAAAAUCUGGAGGCAUGUUUCCAAAUCAGGAUGGUGUGCAGCUUGGAAGGGAAUCUGUAAGUGGUGGUGUUUCUGUGCCUCAGCUGUCUGUAUCCUCCUUGGUGGUACAGUUUGCGGGUUUGGGAGGAGCAGCCUUGGUGAGUAACUGCAGCGCACUUUGUAGAUGGUACACACUGCAGACACAGUUGUGGAGAGUUUGAAUGUUUAGGAUUGUAGAUGGGGAGUCAAUGAAGCAGGCUCGUAGAAUCAUACUGCACAGAAAAAAAAAUCCCUUGGCCCACCAUGUCCAUGCUGACCAUCAGGUACCCCUAUACUGAUCCUAUUUCCCAGCGCUUUGGUAUGUGACGUACUAUGCCUUGGCAAUUCAAGUACUCACCAGAUGUUCUUAAAUGUUGUGAGAGUACCUGCCUCCACCACCUUCUCAGGCAGUGUGUUCCAGGUGACACCCACCCUCUGGGUGAAAAGGUCCUCUCUAAACCUCUUACUCUCACCUCAACCCCACGUCUUCUGGCCUUGCACACCUCUUCCAUGGGGAACAUUUUCUGACCAUCCACCCUAUCUAUGCCCCUCAUCAUUUUGUACACCUCUGUCAGCACCCCCUCAGCUGCUUCUGCUCCAAGGAAAACAAACCCAGUCCAUCUAGUCACUCCUCAUAACCUUAACAUUCCAUCUCCGACAACGUCCUGGUGAACCUCCCCUGCAAUGUCCUGGAAGGUGGCAAGCUCCCUGCAUGUCGUAAUCCUCCUCAUAUGCACACUUUAUGUUUAUGGUCAAUUUAUAUUAAUGGUGUGAUAUAUUUAUGGUCAAACACUUUUAUGUUGUAACUAUUCCCAAGGUUGUAAAGUCAUUUCUGUUCUGUUCAGUUGGAAAAUGUUCUCAGUCAGAAUACUUGAAAGAAAUGGAGUGUGAUCAUGCAUUCAGCAAUUCAAAGCACGCUGAUCUUGCAAUGGGGCAACCUGAGGCUCUCAUUGCCAACUUUGUGGCUGUUUUGUUUACUGGCGCUCUGAAAAAGGUAUUGGUGCUUUUGAAUGCAUGAAUUAGACAUCUUAGGCUCGAUAAAGGGCCUCUGAUCAAUCAGUCACCUCACCAGGAGAUCAGUUGAGCCUGCUCUACCUGGGAUUACCACUAACCAAAGGCAAGCUUUUGGAAUUAACUUUGUCAAAAUACAUUCCUUUGGAACCAGGAGAAGGAAUUCUCCCCUAAAUCCACCUGCAUCAGGAUUGCUGCCCUUGCAACUUCCAGACCCUCAGGCAGCUCACGCUGUAUGUGCAGAUGAGGCCCAAGAAGAAUUUAUCAGUGAUCUUGAGGGCUUUUGCUUCAGGACCACCCACUGCCAGAGACUAAUGCUAUUCCAGUGAGACCAGAGUAGGAUUAUCAAUGAAAGUUCAAGGAAGCUAUAUGAAUGAGCAAUCUCCACUCUUUCUGAUAAAUAUAACUUUACCUAUUCUUGGACUGAUUAGACACCCCUGUAAAUAUCACUGGGUAUUUUCUGUAAUGACGUCAAGAGCAUUCAGUUUGUUGUGCAGCUCAUUUCAAGCUUAAAGCCUUGCAUUAUCCAAAGUGACAUGGUACUGGUUUAAUGACCUGGUGCAUUAUUGGUUAGCAGUGGUAGGGAUUCAGGAUUAAAUUGACAAUGCUUUGAAUACAGAUUGUGUACAAGAUGAAUGUCCAGAUUACAGUGGUUACAAACAGCCUUGUAAAUUAAGAUGCAAUAUUUUGUAAUUAUUGUGUAAUUAUUUGGAUAACUGCUAUGGGGCUGCCACUAGAGGUUGUAAGUUAAGUGAACAUGAUUAAUCUAAUAUUGAUCGAGUAAAUGCUUUCAGCUGUGCAGGCUCACAGCCUCAGCAAUGUACAGUGAGCUGAUUUACUGCAUCAUUCCCGCUCUGUGUGGAGCAUAUCCUUCCAAACCAAUUAGCAUAAGAAAACUGCAAACUAAUUGGUGUGACAUUUCAUUUUGUGCUUGUAUUCUGACCAUGUCUUCCAAGGUUAUCAUUGCUUUGUUGGACAUCCUCCAUUCUAGUUAACACCAGGUGUCUUUAGCAUGGAUUUGCUUGAUGUUGUCAUCAGCUAUCAGGAAAGAAGGUGCCCUGUGAUGAUGUGUGCAUCAUCACUUUGACUUGACAGAAUGCUGACCAACUGGUAAUAUGGACAUUCUGAUAACUAUGUUUCUUUCCGAGAGUUAUGAAAGCCUUUAAUGAGGAGAGCACAGUAUUCUCAUCUGAUAAGAGGCAUGCAAACAAUGGGACUAAAUAACAGCUAAUCAUUCAGCUGAAACUCUGACGGCAAGAGUGGAGUUAACACCUCACAACGUGCACCUUCAAGUAUUCUCUUGUUUUUCUUUCAAACAGACCUGUGCUGCUGACUGUGAUAUGUUUUCUUGUGCUAAGGGCGACACUGCCUCACCGCUCCAGAGACCCAGCAGUUUGUACAUUCUGCCCGUGAACGCAUGGGUUACCCCUGGGUACUCCGUAUCCUCCAUGUCCCAAAGACAUUCAGGUAGGUGAAUUGGCCACUGUAAAUUACCCUUAGUGUUGGUAAGUGGUAAAAGAAUCAAAGGGGAGUUGAUGGGUAUGUGAGAGAGAGAGAGAGAGAGAGAGAGAGAGAGAGAGAAUAACUAGCAGGGCUACAGGGAAAUGGGACUGAUGGGAUUGCUCUGUUGGAAGCUGUGAUGAAUAUGAUGGGAUGAUUGGCCUCCUGUGUAAGUUAAGUCGAAUCUGUAGGAAUGGAUGUCAACUCAAAUGCACCGGAUAUCGAUGCUGGGGAUUUGCUUCCCUGAAAUCUAUUAGUGAUCCAAUUGUGUUUUUACAAUAUAUAACAGAUUCAUGGUCAGUUUUACCUCUCCAGCUUUUUGCUUCCAGGAUUUCUUUUGAAGCCAAUUCAAGCUCUUGGCCUCAAUUUCCCUUUUCUUCUACUGUUAUCACAUUUGCAUUGAGCCAUUGAAAAUGUUCGUGUGUGUUAUUACACCACAGAGUAUCCAAGUAUCAAAAUGCAGCAUUGAAUCCAAUGCAAAGGGCAAAGAGAUCUAUUUCCUACUUGUUAUGUUUGCUGAAUGCAGUUCAGUGUCCAAUUUUAGUUGCUAGUACUACUGGGGAGCAUCUUGGGUCACUUUACUCUGUUAAAGUUGCAAUAUAAAUAUAAAUUGUUAUUCUUCCCUCCUAGCUUCAACAGUUGUCUACGCUACUGUUUACUCUCACCUGUUUUGUCAGCACGCCCAAAAAAGACUCCCCCUCUGUGCAUUUAAAGGGAUUUUUGCAAAACUUAAUUGCUGUUAUGCCACAUUGAUUGAUGUUGAAACCGGACAAAUCCUGGGUAGCUGUUCCCAGAAAACAAAGCCGGUGGAAGUGCAGCUCAUCAAGAGUAGUCUGGGUUAGUGGAUUAUUCCCCCCAUUGAACCAACUCACCACAAGGCUUUAGCUGCAGCGCACUGGUUCUCUAUUGAACUAUGUGACUAGAGUGUGACUGACAUGACAGUAUCUCUUGUGAUUCUUCAAAAGAUCAAGCGAUUCUCUCAACUAAUUAACUCACAUGUGUAACUUGGUAAGACUAAGGUGUACAUAGACCCUGUAUGGUGCAAGAUUGCUUCCAAUCCUGAGGUCCAACCUGCUUAUUACAAAUAUGGCUAGUGCAGAGGUACCAGUGAAAUAGACUGGCUUUAUUUCUCAUCUGCUUAUCUUUAGACCCUGUUUUAAUGUACAAUGGGUCUGGUGUGAAGCAAAGAGUGCACUUCUGAAAUUUAAAAAGAAGAGACCUCCCUUUUACAUCUUUAGUCUGUAUGUUGAAUGAAACUAAAAGCUGACAAGAGCUGAGGGACUCCUCCCCAGAAACCUGCAUGGUGCUUUCAAGAGUUAAGAUGAAUUUUAAUGGAUGAGGAUGUCAGUUGAUAUAUAAUAAAGGUACGUCAGUGUGGUUGAGGCCCAGAAAUUAUUGAAAGGCAGAGCAAACUUGGAUGAAUGGCCUGCUCCUCUUCCAGUGGUGAUAAUCAUGUGUUGUCAUGUGUUUUCUUGUGCAUAGAAACGUCCCUCACUAUCUAAGUGCUUCUGUACUGGUUCUGAAUAAAUGCAUAGUAAGUAUUCAUUCUGGAAUUGCAAACCACAAAUGAUUACAGAACAAAUUUAUUCCAGUCUGUAAAAUUA